AUGGAAACAAAAUAUCAGAAUGGUGACCAAUUAGAGAUAGAGCAAAUAAACCCGACCAUGAAGAAGAAAAAGGUAUCACGUGGGAUGCACGUCUUCUCCGUCGUCAUGUUCAUGCUCCGUCGUAGCCGGAGGAGAAAGUCUUUCCACACCGGGUUUUGGCGGCGUGUGGUUGAGUCCGUUCGCAAUGUCCAUUCCGAAAGUACGAUAAUGCCAUCAUCCAAUUUUAUAAAUACAAUCGUCCUUCCUCCGGCUCCUACUCCGGCGGCGGAUAUUGGCCACGAAGGUGGCGAUGAUGAUGAUGAUGAUGAAUCCAGGGAUCGCUUAUCGGAGGUGAAGGAGGUUUUCACGGCGGCUUCUUCAUCAUCAUCCGGAAUCUCGGGAUAUGGAUCUGCCAUGUCUUUACGUGAUUUGGAUUAUCAUCAUGAUGAUAAUGAUGUCGAAUACUAUAGCGAUGUUGAAGGAGGAGAUGAUAUGAUAGAUGAGAAAGCUGAGGAAUUCAUCCUGAAAUUUCAUGCACAAAUGAAGAUGCAAAAUCAUGUUUAUUCUGAACGAUGCAAAGCCAAAAGGGGUAAUGACGAUGAAUUAGUGAUCUAA